ACUGCAAAUCAAGUAACUGAGGGCAGAGCACUGUUCGUUGUAAGGAUACAUCCUUCAAAACCCUGAUAUUUUAUUAAUUUUCUAGGACUUAAAAGCUUUCUAAAAAAGAAAAAAAAAAAAGAGAAUCUUUGAUACAAGAAGUGUUGAUGAAAUGCCUGAAAAAGCAGCUACUGAGAGAAGCCCUCCAUCUCUUUCAUUUUCAGGCAGUGGGUUUCUUGUGUUAUAUCAAAUUGGAGCAGUGCAAGCUUUGUGGGAAAUGGCCCCUGACAUAAUAAAGUCUGCACCUAAAGUUUAUGGAGCCUCAGCUGGAUCUCUUAUUGCAGCAGCGGUUGUUUUUAAAACGAAUCUAGAUGAACUUCAGAAGACUUUCCUUGAGGCUGCAAUAGAGGCCAGGAAGACUAUACCAGGACCAUUUUAUCCAUGCUUUAAUUUAACUGGAUUUCUAAAGAAGGCUUUACUCAAGUUUGUGCCUGACAAUGCGCAUGAGUUAGCCACAGGCAGACUGCAUGUCGCACUUACUCGGUUGUCAGAUGGGAAAAAUAUUCUGGUUUCUGAUUUCAAAUCCAAAGAAGAAGUUAUCCAGGCAUUGAUAUGCAGCUGCUUUGUUCCUUUUUACUGUGGGAUUGUUCCCCCCUCAUUUCGCGGAGUGAGAUACAUUGAUGGGGGAUUUACAAACUUCCAGCCUCUUUUUGACCAUACCUCUAUGAUAACAGUCUCUCCGUUCACAGGAGAGAUUGACAUAUGUCCACGAGACUGCCCUGUCAGUCACUAUUGUCUACAGAUUUGCAAUACAAGCUUUCAGUUGUCCGCGCAGAAUAUGUGCAGAGUCAGCUAUUCCUUAUUCCCUCCUAGUUCCAUAUUGCUCCGGGAAUUCUACUGCCAAGGUUAUAAAGACGCAAUUUUAUUUUUAAAAACAAGCAAUAGGUUAAAGAUUCCAAACUCAAAAUCAAGGAAGAUUCAGAAGAGUUGUUAAAGUGCUACUAACUCCACCAUAAAAUAUAUUCCAGACACAUGAAAAUAAAAUGUGUGUAAGCUAUGAAAAUGUACAUGCUGCAAAUUGGAUUUUCUAAUAUACAGAAAAUACCUACAUUCCAUUUCGUAUAAAAUAUUUAAUUUUAUGUAUUUUUUCAAAGCCUUAACAAGGACAUUAUUUAUAUGUAUUUCUCCUGUCCAUAUUUUUACCCCAGCCAGGGUCUAGGAUGGAAAGGAGAUGAAUAGAUGGACAUUUAGGGCUUUGUCUUUCUUUUAUGACUGUUUCAACUUAUUUAUUUAUUUAUUAUUUUAGUAAUUUCUUUCUAAGGUUAAAGGCUUUUAGAAGUUAAAAUGAAAUGUUCAUGAAACAGAGCAUACAAUUAAAAAAAUCCAAUUUACUCCUAUAAUCAAA